UCCAAUGGGGGGAAUAUCAAGCGAGGCAGAGCUAUCGUCCUACCAACAGUAUUAGCCAUGCUAACCGACGAGCACCUCGCCUUUCCACAGGACUUAGCCCGCCAAAGAUGACGGUUUUACUCAACGUCGUGAAACAAAGGGCAUUUUAGUUCUUCUUUUAUGUUGUUCUCCGUCUCUUUCUGGGUCCUCCAUCUCCCCUCUCAUCUUCAUCUCCUCUCGUAUGACAGGCACGGACUGCGCGCGAGCUCGGGGGAGAAAAAGGCAUUGCAGCUUCAUGGCACUGAGCUAUGAUUCACUCUCUUGCAGCAGCAAUGAGCAACCAACUUCAAAACACCUCUUCCCUCUCCACGGCGGGCACGUGGAAUCUCCUGGAUGUGCGGAACUCAUCACCGGUGCGCACGACAGAGCUGAGGCCGCUUCCUGUGAGCCCCUGGGACAUUGCACUGUGCGUGACAGGCACGCUCAUCUCCUGUGAGAAUGCAAUCGUGAUCGCCAUCCUGUUCUACACACCCACCUUGAGAGCUCCCAUGUUCAUUUUGAUAGGGAGCCUUGCGUUUGCGGACCUGCUCGCGGGACUCGGCCUCAUUCUCAACUUUGUCUUCAUCUAUAUGCUGAACACGGAGUUUGUGACUCUGAUCUCCGUCGGCAUGCUGAUCGCCGCCUUCUCCGCUUCAGUGCUCAACAUCCUGGCCAUCACAGUGGAUCGCUACUUGUCCCUCUACAAUGCUCUGACCUACCAUACGGAGCGCACAGUGACAUUCACCUAUGUGAUAGUGGUUCUCAUUUGGCUGGUGUGUAUCAUCCUGGGCCUACUGCCAGUGCUGGGCUGGAACUGCCUCAGAGAUGAGGCCAGCUGCAGUAUCUGCCGGCCAGUCACCAAGAACAAUGCCGUGGUGCUCGCUGUGACGUUCUUGCUGGUGUUUGCCCUCAUGAUGCAGCUUUACCUACAGAUCUGUAAGAUUGCCUUCCGCCACGCACAGCAAAUAGCUGUUCAGCACCAGUUCAUGGCCAUUUCCACUACAAAAGGUGUAUCCACACUCUCCGUCAUCCUCUGCACCUUUGCAGCAUGUUGGAUGCCCUUCGCCAUGUACUCCAUUGUGGCAGACUCCAGCUACCCGAUGAUCUACACGUAUGCAACAGUGCUGCCGGCGACAUGCAACUCGGUCAUAAACCCAAUCAUAUAUGCUUACAGAAAUCCGGACAUCCAGAAAUCCCUGUGGCUCGCCUGCUGUGGAUGCGUGCCGUCCAACUUCUCCUUGCGGCCAAGGACAUCCAGCGAUGUAUAGGUCAGACUACCUAUGGGUUAUGUCUGUCGCACAUUAUUAGUUUGUACCGUGUCAGUGUUAAUGAUAUGAUGUCCUCCCUUUGGUGGGAUCCCAGUCAAACAUUGCUUAUCGUGCAGUAGGUGUUGUGAUUUACACAUGUCAAACCUGCAAAAUUAGAUGUCUUAAAUGCAUAGUACACCUCUAUGCACAAAUUAUCAAACUGCAUGAGAUCUGAAUAAUAAGGAUACUUUAAGAUAACACCAUUACCAGUGAAAAUGAAUACAAACCAACCUGAUUUGUGUAAAGAAAGCUGAAAAGCUCUUUGAUACACCUUUAAACUAUAGGGAGUGCUUUCAGCACCACGGACAGUGGCAGGAACACUGAGGCUAUUCCCCUGCAAACCUGCCUCGAACACUUAAAUCUGUGUUCACUUAAAAAUGUAUGAACAACAGAGACAAAACAUGGUCCUGUGAGUGAAAAUUAUACUACUUCUGGCAUCUGCUGCUUUAGAGCCAAUUUUAUACAUUUUUUUAAAGAUCCUUUCACUAACUAAACUAUAAUGCAAGAAGAUAGAGCUCUUUUUAUUUAAACUUGAUUAAUUUGCCAUUACAAAUCAUUCAAAAUUUCAUAUAAGAUUGCAAAAAGCAAAUUUGUUUAGAUAUGCUGAAUUGGUUUGUUGUAGUCUAACAUCUCUAAUGACAGAGGGAUAUCUGCUAAUGCAAAGAUGUGAAGCGUGUAACAUUUCACACAUUUUUAGAGCACACGUUUUGGUGUGAAAUAUCCGGGUUAAUGAAGGUUUGCGCACGAAAUGAGGUGUCAGUCACAACACUUUUAAUUCGAUGUCAGAUGACAUCUUUCAAGGCAAUUUUGCUAAAAGCCAACUAGUACAGGAACACUUAAAUGAGACUAACCCUUCUGGGUCUGCACAGCAUAGUGAUCCUGGCGAUUAUUGGAUAUAAUUGAGUGUGUAGACUGUACAAUUAACCCACGAGACCAGAGAUCGAUGUAAGGGGCAGGCUUGUGUUUAAACAGAUCUAAACGCAGGCCCUAAAUAUCAAACAACUAAGCCAAAAUGAGAAAGAUGGGAGUUUAGAUGUAGUAAAAAAAGAAGCAGAAUUGGCAUGUGAGAUUUAAAACACUGACUAAAUCUAGGUCUGUAUUAUGCUGUACAACCAAAAAUAAAUAAAACACAAAAACUACGCCUCUCAAAAUGGCGCAAAAAGAAAAUUAGUAUGCAUACAUAUUUGUAGAGCUGAAAAUAUGACCACAACGCAGCCUUGUGUUUUCAAGAGGGGUAUGAAUGUCGCAGCUGUUCUUUGAUGACCCCUCGUUUGCGACUUAAUUUAGGCCUUACCUUUUCUCUUCUGCAAUAAUGAAUCAGCGUGUACCGUUCAUCAAUAGAGCUACAAUCACAAUGAGGCCAUCAACAGAGCUAAUAUUACUUCCUGACUUGAACAUGAUCAAAACCGACUGAGAAAAGGUUAGCGAGUCCAGGGUGUUGUUACAUCUCUUUAAAUCAAUUGUACUGUUUUCUAGGAUGUGCUUUCACUUUGUAGUACAAGUAUUCAACGUUGGCCUUGAGAGCCCAUACAGGCGCCCUCUGACUAACCUCAAUACUCUUAGUGACCUGUACGAAACCUGAUGGAUUUUUACAUGGAGUGAUUUCACAGUCUGGACACUGUGAAACACAAAUCUCCAGUCUUUUUUUUUGUGUGUGUGUGUGUGUGUGUUUGAUUGUGUGUGAUCUAAUAGUGUGUGUGUGGUUUAGGAACGAAAGCACCAUUUGUUUAUAUACCACUCACUUAUGUCAGGAGUGGGGUUCAGUGACCUAUCACACUGUGCCCACUUAUAUACAUAUAAAAAAAAUAAUAACCACCCCACGUAAUACACAAUACCUGACAAAUAUCAAUGUAUUUUCAGCAAAUCUCUAUCGUUAUGUAAUGUAUCUCCACUAAUGUAUUCAACAGGAUGCCAUAGAUUCAGUUCAUUCAGGGGUGCAGCGGUUAUUUUUCUUAUGCAAUGCUGUAUUGAAGCAUAUAUUUUUAUACACAUCAGGGCAUGAGUUUUAUGAUGUCGUUUUGGUGUGUGUGUGUGUGUGUGUGUAUAUGUGUGCGUGUUCAGUACCUGUAUUCUUAUUGAUGGUUUCCUAGAAAAAGCAAAAAGAGAAAAAAAAAAACAUUAAAAAUAAGAAGAGUGUCGGCAAUGCAGAAAGUGCAGAAAGUGCCAUAUUUCACUAGAGUCUUAUUGAAUUUGUUUUAAAAACAAAGAUUAUGAUUUGUAACACUCACCUUCAAACAUGCAGCGUCCAGAUAGUCGACUUCUAGGCUGCUUGAGUACUAAGGACUAGGGCUGUGCGAUUUGGGGAAAAUAUCUAAUUGCAAUUUGUCUGACAGAUAUUACGAUUUGAUUUGCUAUUCAAUUUUGUAGUCAAGCUUCAGCUCAAUAAUCUGUAAGCCGUGGCAACAAUUCUGCGACAGCUCUUAAAAAUUACCUGUUUUUGAUUGAUGUCUGUGACUUUGAAACCAAAAUAUUUCCAUAUUACCGAUGUCCUGUUUUUCUCUCAAUAUUAAUUCGUCUAUUAAUGCUUCUGAAGCUGCAGACGCCAUUAUUCCAAUAGGGUAUAUGCGGAAGGACUUUUAAUUUGUCAGUAACCUGGGUUAAGCGCUUCCAAUGAACUGUAUGCCAUUAAAAAAAAAAAUCGGCACGUUUAAGGUCUGUUUUCUUUAAAAAUCAGCGAUCUGCUAUCUGAUAUAAAGCGGGUCUCAGAUUGUACAAGAAGCACUGCAUUAAAUUACAUUUUUUUCCCUGCCAUGUCUUUAAAAUAUGAACAUUUAUUUUACCCCAGUGUAUUCAAUAGAGUUCUGCGCUAGCCUGCAAAUCCUGACGGGUGCAUGCGUGUAAACGGCUUUUUGUCUCGUUUUAUGCUUGAGCAACUAAAUUCAUGCCAAAGUCUGUUUAACUGAUUAUAAUUUAAUUACAUUACAACAUCGAUGCUGUAAAAGGAACUGUAUAAAUUUGGAAAAAAAGUCACAUUAACCGUUCACUAGAAGUUUAUCAGUAUGGGAAGAAACACCAGCUCUGCAUAUCCCCUAUUGUCUGCGCGUUCCUGUAUGAUUUUUUUUAAUUGUGGGUUUUCGGUUUGCUCAAUUCUGAUUGGGCAGAAUGAAAGUGUGCACACUCAAUUGACUAGUAAGACUGUCACACAGACGGCAGUCACGCCUUUGCUCUGGGCAGGGGAAAUUAAAUAAUGUAUAUUUCAUAUCGCAGCCUCCUGCGAUAAGCUAAUCACAACAUUUCAAAUUGCGAUUGGAUUUCGAAUUAUCGCACAGCCCUACUAAGGACAUACUAGAUAUAGUUUGUGGUUCGUUUCAUCAGUGGUUAAACUCUCCAACAUAGACCCAGAGGGCCAGGUGGUGACUUGUUCUGUUCCACCCUCUCUCUUGGACACUGGAGCUCAGUACGUAGUCUGCCAGUACGGCAGAGAACUGCAGUCUUGUCUUUGGCGUUCUGUUGGACUGGGACAGCCCUUUUGUGUGCCAGACUACAGACAGAUGGUCCACCCCCAGCCUCAUGCUCAAAAGUGACCUAUCUAAUUACUAACACCACAGAUAUCGUCGCAGAAUUGAAGCAUGCCAGCCAUCUAGAAUUUCACAUAUCUCCAGUCACAUUGAGUGCAUUCCUCAGGAGCUGCAGUGUAGGUGAUUCGAGAGUUACAAAAAAAAAUCUAGAGAGACGACAGCGUUUCUUUGUCAUGACGUCAGCGAUGGCGUACAUAAACGGAGAGAGGUCGUCUGAAUGACGGCACCUAACCACAUGGAAGCUCUAUUACGACUAAAUCUGGCCCUGCUAAAAAUAACCUUGAAGAGCAUGAAAUGUUACAUUUAUCUAGGGUACUUGAAAUCCGUUUUCUGGGCCAUUAAGCAGAGCUCUGUGUUUCCCAUCAACAGCUACAUUAGAGCGAGAAGGCGCCUUCCUAAAAUAAGGGAGGAAAGAGAGAGAGAGACAGCGAGCCUUUAGAAGAGCCUCUAGGGUUACGUAACCACUGCACCCAAAUGUAGCCCAAAAUCCAAAAUCUCUGUGCAUUACCGAUGAAGUCUCACUAAGAUCUACAAUCACUUUUGCAAUCAUUUAUAGAGCUAAAGGAAUGUUCUUGUGUAGGUAAAAACUGUCAGCACAAUUAUUAGCAAGCGGUCAGAGAUGUGGAUGGGUGCUCUGAUACUGUGAUGUAAUCGUCGUUGAUCUUUUCUUGCUUUGUUCGUUUCUCUUUGUAUUGUGAAUUGAAAUCUGACAAGUACGAUGCACUUUAUAAAAGGAACAUGCUACACGUUGCAAUGUAAGUGUGGAAUGUAAUCCUUCCUAAAAAUGAUUUAUUUUUUAUUACUGUACAUAUGACAAUGCAGAGAC